AGUAUUAGUGUGAAACUAAAGCGGACAGAUACAACCGGUGAAACGAUGACUCGUCACUGGCUUCAUACAGCCAUAUUCACUAACUUUAACAAGUGAUGUUAUUAUAAAGAUAAGCGUUUUCAAUAACCCCAGGGUAAUAUAAUGAAACGCCUCAGAUAUUAACAGUAACGCGUCGCUGUAAGCCGCUUUAAGACUGCGCGCGGGUGGAUGGAAAUAGAAGCGCUCGAGCUCCAAGCUGAAGAUCCGAGAUGUGGACCUGACAGAAAACUUUUGCGUCAAACAACGAUGAAUGAACAGCGAUGAUUUUACCGCUUACUGUGACCGUUUCCCACCCUUUAAAGACAGAAAAUAACGGGACGCAGUUCCAAAGCGCUUCAGAGUUCGGCGGAACUUUCGAAGUUUUCAGAAACGCGCAAAUAAUGGCAAAGAAGAAAAGGGUUUUAUCGGUUAGUUUUAUCAAGGGAUUCCCAGAUGACAGGUUAUUAUAGAGGCAGACAUGCCAGCCAACCUCACCGUCUCCAGCCACACCACGAACUACAACUUCCCAGCGCUCAUCUUCGGGAUAUUAUUGAUCAUUAUCAUCAUCUGCGGGAACGUGUUGGUGUGUCUGAGCGUUUACACGGAGAAAGCGCUGAAAACCACAACGAACUACUUCAUAGUCAGUUUGGCUGUCGCUGAUUUGUUGUUGGCGGUUCUGGUCUUACCGCUGUUCGUGUACGCAGAGUUCCAGGAUGGGGUUUGGUCCCUCAAUAUGACCGUAUGUGAUGGACUGAUGACCAUGGAUGUGAUGCUAUGCACCGCCUCUAUAUUUAACCUCUGUGCCAUCAGCAUAGACAGGUUCAUCGCAGUCUCCAUCCCUCUUAAUUACAACCGCAAACACGUGGACCAGCGACAGAUUGUCCUGCUUUCCGCCACAUGGAUCCUGGCCUUGGCCGUGGCCUCCCCCGUGAUGUUCGGAAUCAACACUGUCCCCAACCGGGACCACAGCGAAUGCAAGCUGGAGGACAACAACUAUGUGGUGUAUUCCUCCGUCUGUUCGUUUUUCGUGCCGUGCCCCAUCAUGCUUUUGCUGUACUGCGGGAUGUUCCGGGGCCUGAGGAAGUGGGAGGAGGCGAGGAAGGCCAAGCUGAGGAGCAGCAUGCAGGCCUGCAAAAAGCUUCAGGAGGCCGCCGCGUCCCUGCAGCCGCUGUCUGGCCUGCCGCCCCCUCUGCCACCCGUGAUCGAGAAAGACCUGACUGACCUUACCUUAGAGGAGCUGGACCACGAUCACUACCCCGAUCCUGACAGCCCGGAUCCCGUGUCCAUGCUCGCCUACCCCAGCGGAAAACCAGAUCAAAACCAGAACCGGCGAAGGAAGAGAGCGAAAAUAAAUGGGAGAGAGAGGAAAGCCAUGAGGGUGCUUCCUGUUGUAGUAGGUGCCUUCCUGUUCUGCUGGACGCCAUUCUUCGUAGUGCACACGAUGAGGGCUCUCUGCGAAGACUGCUACAUCCCCAGCAGCGUCACCAGCAUCGUGACCUGGUUAGGCUACGUCAACAGCGCCCUCAACCCCGUCAUCUACACCGUCUUUAACACAGAGUUCAGGAAGUUCUUCCGCAAGUUCCUGCCGACUCUGCCCAACUGCUGCUAGACUGAACGUGCUCUCUGCUAACGGUUUACGAACAAAACAAACCCAAAAGUAUAAAUGAACCAGACAAAUAAUGCUUGCAUGUAAAUACAGCAUGUUGUAUGAAACAAAUAUGAAGGUAUGGUUAUAAUGCACUAAGAUGUUUGCUGCCAUUACGUUUUUAUUUUACGGUUUAAUUUCAAAUGUUUACAUUUUGAGAGCUGACAUCAAACAGACUCUUUCAUGAAACGCAAGCAGAAUGAAUUUGCGUGAAUCUUUCGUAAAAUCAUUCUUACAUAAACUAUCAUUUCAUUAAAUGAAAACCGAACAAAGUUGUGUAAAUUAUUUCGAGAUCAUUCUUAUCGUGUGUGUACACCAAAAGGGAAGCAAAUAUUCGCAUUGUGUUAUUUAAUCUAGAUGCGUUUUUCGAAUAAAAACAUCACUCGUGUUCUCCUCCAUUUUCUGUUACAACCGGACAUGUCAAUAAGCUCUUCACUCAUUGGCUUGCGUGACAACGCGUCAUGCGGUGAAUAUCGUACGUUCACUGCAAUCGCGUCGAUCAUUUGCGCUUCAGAUUUUUGCAUUGACUUUGUUUGUAGUCUAAUUGUGAAAAUAAACAAAUUCGCUUUUGUUGUGCACACACCAUUAUAAUGACAAAGUUUACACAAGCCGAAUUUCUUUAUAAAAUGAUUCAAUUUAUUUUCCUGAAAAUUGUUUGUUAAACAUUUUUACAUAAAUUGCGGGGUUCUUAAUGCAUUUUCAAGGAAAUAGUUCAUAAAACUAGUGCUACAUAAAUUGUUACAAUCAUAAAACACAUGCAUGUAAUUCAAAUGCAUGUACUUUAAAUUGUUCGUAAAAAUCAUUCUUACAUGGACUGGACUGCUGUACGAUGUUUACAUACGAGAACAGUGAAGAAACAUGGAGUAAUGCAAUGAUACAUAGAGAAUGCUAAACAAAUCAGAAAGAACUUGUUUUUGAGGUGUUAUUAUCGAAUCGAAUAUGACAGUUUACUCAAAAAUGGCUCUACAAACAAUUUCAACAUUUCAUUCUGUUUGUGUUUCAUAAAUGAGGUGCAGUUUAUGCUUUGAAGCUUCUAUGACAGGAGUGUCUGUGGAACGGUCUGCCAUCUACGAUGACCUUUCUUUGCCAUUACUGUUCUCAUGUGAUACGCGAAGGAGCUCGUCCUGCGGCCCAUAAGCCUACGAGUCAAAGACGCUCAUUUUGUAUCUGAUUGCACUGACUUUCAUCUGAGAAAAUAAAUGUUUUCCACAGACAAGAACUACUUUGUGCUGAUGUCCAAAAGAGAAGAUAAAGACACUUGUUUUAGUGAGCCCAAAUAUCUGUUCAUUUUAUAUAUGCACCUAGCGAAAAACUUACUGGAUGAAAAGCCCGGAACUAAGAAGACUGUGACUAGGAGUAUUACUAAAGAAGAAUAUUGAAAAAAAAGAACAAAAUAACAUCAGAAAGGUUAUUAAUGCUGAUGCUGACAAUUUUAGAAACAAUAACUGAAGCGAAUCGGCCAGCCAAUGUGGAGAUCAUAACUGUAUCAAUGCAAUCAAAAGUGGUGAAUCGACAAACAAAAACUGAUUCAGGACGUUUUUGUACGAUUCUGAAUAACUUUACUGACAACUUGUUUAAACGCUGAGGCAAAUGUAGGUUAGAUGUUGGCUGCAAUUGUUUUCAUGCCUUUCAUGUUAGUUGUACUCUUCAGGUCACGCAGUGUUCAUUAAAAGCUGAGUGAACCUGGUUACAAUGUCUUUAUACACUGGAAGUCAGUGGUGUGAAUUCUGUGAAUAUGGUGUUAGAAUGUUAAUAUUUGAAUUAUUGAUUUCACUGCUGAGCCCACAUUGUAAAUGGUACAUUUACUGCUUUUGAUAAAUUAAAAAAAAUUACUUUUAAAAUACA